CUUUCGAUCACUUUUUACUCCCAUAAACCCCAGUUAUUGUGCGCCAACCUAGUCAUCAUUGACAAUGGACUUAUUGUUUGCAUUCCUGGGAUAUUUUUUUAUAAGCAUAACAUAUACCCUUCGUGUUUGUAUGAUUUCAGAAGCUUCUACUGAUAUCGAGGAUACCGAGGUACGUAUUCGGUGUAAGCUUAGAUGUUUGUUUUAUGCUCAUCAGUAUCAUUGUCAAUCGAAGAUUGACAACAUCGACAGCCGACUAUAACUGUUUUUUUUCCUGUAUAUAGCAGGAGAGCACCCAUCUACUGGGACAAGAGCAAAGAACGAGCAUUCUUCGGCUACCUACAGCAGUAUUGCCACAGGUUGCCGCGCAUCUUUCAAG